GGAAGUGGGUCAGGCCGGGCAGACACUGAAAGAUGGGCUGGGGAUGGAAGUGGAUAUGCUGUGUGGCGGUUCUUAAACUUUUAUACCAUAGAAGCCAUUGCGAUGUUAGUGAAGGAAAUGUAAGAAAUGGUCGACAGAAAGCAACAGAGGAGUUUUCAUACUUUGAAAAAGUGGUCCCAGUGAUCAGAACAAGACGGAGUGCCAGAGACGCCGUGACUUGGGCUGAGAAUCAGCAUCUGGAUGAAGUAGAAGUAGUAGUAGAAGCAUUUAAUAAAACAUUUACACUAGACCUUAAACUUAAUAAAAAUUUAUUUGGAGAUAAGUUUAUAGAAAAACAUACAACAAAUGGAAAACCAAUAGUAAGAAGAUACAAAGAUCAUAAAAACCAUCACUGUUUUUAUCAUGGGAAGAUCAGACAUGAAGAGGAAUCUCUAAUAGCACUAAGUACCUGUGAUGGGUUAAGUGGGUUAUUUCAAGAUGGUACAGAGCAGUAUUAUAUUCAGCCAGUAGCUGGUUCUACAGGCUUUCAUCAUCAUGUAUUUAGAGCAUCAGAUAGACAUGAGCAGCAUCUGAGAUGUGGUACUGGUGACCAUGCCCAUGAUUUUCCUUCUUUUUACCACCGUUCACUUAACUCUAAACACUUACACAGGCUUCGCAGAGCCAUCAGGGGUCCCUAUAAUAGUGGUAAAAAGACCAGAUACGUGGAAUUAUUCUUAGUUAGUGAUCACAGACAGUUUGACAUGCAUGGAAAAAAUGUUGCAAAAGUAAUCCAGAGGAGUAAAGAAAUUGGCAACAUUGUCAGUGCUUUAUACAAUGAGCUAGACAUCUAUGUGGCAUUGGUAGGAGUGGAGGUGUGGGACAGUGGGGAUAAGAUUAUAGUAGAUCAGGAUGCUGAUGUAACCCUCAACAACUUUCUCUCCUAUAGAAAAACAUUUCUCAACCCCCACUUUCCCAAUGAUAACGGCCAACUUAUCACUGGUCAAUCAUUUAAAGAUGGCAUUGUGGGUAAAGCUCUCAAGCGUCCCAUAUGCACAUACCGCUACUCUGGCGGUGUUAAUACGAGGUGGUGUAUUUGCAAACAGAAUUCUGGGGAAAGCAUCUCAGACUCCUAUGUGUUCCUUCCGGUAUUCAGGGGGUGUUGUUAGGGUAGGAAGUUUUCUUUCACACUAGUUGGUUUUCCUUGUUAUUUCACUGUGUACACAUUUUGCUUUUGUUAUAUUGUUUGUUACAAAUUCAGGUGUUCUGUAGUGUAGUAUUACUGAAAUGACACAAAUUGUCAUUGUGAACUCAUGCAUUUUAGAGAGAAUCUGUUACUGUAAGUGGAUUUUUGACAUAAACGAUACCCCUUUGUUACCAGGUCAAGAGUUAGAAUAUUGUUUUAUAAAACUUUUUAAGUUUCAUUUUUCACUGAAAAUAAUGAAAACUGUUAUAUUUCUUUGGUUCCCAAAGCACUAAGAAAAACUACUGUUUAAGGCAAAUGCUUGAUGUGGUAACUUCAAAAAGAUCUAAUAGUC